UUUUUGUCGACUUGGGUAUGACUCUUCCCUAUGUUUAGUCAAAAGAAAACUAUUGGUGGACAGUCAGUUUACAUACAAAGACUGAAAUACAUAUUCCAGUCGUAUCCACUCCUUGUUUUUAAAUGUUUGUGCAAAAAAUCAAUGAUUUCGUUUUGAAGAUUCGUUUUUACAUAUGCAGUAUUAAUUUUUUUUUGUGAUCUAUUCCAUAGUAUACACACAUAUGUGCGGUUGCUGUUGUCACCUAGAGUUUCAACCCUCAUAUAUCCCGCUCGAGUGAAUUCUUUGAGUUUCAUUAAAAAAAAAACGCAGCACAAAAAAACUAACGUUUACGUGCGGUUUAUAUUAAAAAAGUAGCUUAUAUAGAAGCUCUGGUUUGGUUCAUUAUUAUAUAAACUGACUGGUAUAUAAUUGUCAACUUGUAUACAGAAAAAGUAUUUGGAGAAAAAAAAUACGUAUAAAAAUCCAGUCUAUAAUCCUCUACAUACAAAAGGGGUAGGCGGCGACAUUUCCGUUGCGCAGUGCCACAGGAGCUAAUUGGAAAUUUCUACCGACGAGAAACUCUCAAAUCAAUUCUGGUUUUCAAAAAAUACAUAUUUAGCACCAUGGACAACUUAAUAAAUAUUGUUAACAAGUUGCAAGAUGCGUUUACAUCGCUUGGUGUUCAUAUGCAAUUGGAUUUGCCACAGAUCGCUGUUGUUGGUGGUCAAUCGGCUGGAAAAAGUUCAGUUUUGGAAAAUUUUGUUGGAAAAGAUUUCUUGCCACGCGGUUCUGGUAUUGUCACCCGUAGACCACUCAUUUUGCAAUUGAUUAAUGGAGUGACUGAAUACGGAGAAUUUUUGCAUUGCAAGGGUAAAAAGUUUUCCAGCUUUGAUGAGAUUCGAAAGGAAAUAGAGGAUGAAACGGAUCGCGUGACUGGUAGUAAUAAAGGCAUAUCCAACAUUCCGAUAAAUUUGCGCGUUUACUCCCCUCAUGUUCUUAAUUUAACCUUAAUAGAUUUACCAGGCCUUACUAAAGUGGCAAUUGGUGAUCAACCUGCAGAUAUUGAGCAACAAAUAAAGCAAAUGAUUUUUCAGUUUAUUCGAAAAGAGACAUGUUUAAUACUUGCCGUUACACCAGCAAAUACGGAUUUAGCUAAUUCAGAUGCGUUGAAACUAGCGAAAGAGGUGGAUCCUCAAGGAGUGCGUACCAUCGGAGUUAUUACAAAACUGGAUCUCAUGGACGAAGGUACUGAUGCUCGAGAUAUUCUAGAGAACAAGUUGCUACCUUUACGGCGCGGAUAUAUUGGUGUUGUAAAUCGAUCACAAAAGGAUAUUGAGGGACGCAAAGACAUUCAUCAGGCAUUGGCCGCUGAACGAAAAUUUUUUCUAAGUCAUCCAUCAUAUCGUCACAUGGCCGAUCGCCUUGGUACUCCUUACUUGCAAAGAGUCCUGAACCAACAAUUGACUAAUCAUAUUCGAGAUACACUACCCGGAUUGCGCGAUAAAUUGCAGAAGCAAAUGUUGACCUUGGAAAAGGAGGUAGAAGAGUUUAAGCACUUUCAGCCAGGGGAUGCCAGUAUUAAGACAAAAGCUAUGCUUCAAAUGAUUCAGCAAUUGCAGUCUGACUUUGAAAGAACUAUUGAGGGAAGCGGCUCUGCAUUGGUCAAUACCAAUGAGCUCUCAGGUGGUGCCAAGAUUAAUCGGAUCUUUCAUGAACGUCUACGAUUUGAAAUAGUUAAAAUGGCGUGCGAUGAGAAAGAAUUGCGUAGAGAGAUCUCUUUUGCAAUUCGCAAUAUUCAUGGUAUUCGUGUCGGUCUUUUUACGCCUGAUAUGGCUUUUGAAGCAAUUGUAAAACGACAGAUAGCCCUAUUGAAGGAACCCGUUAUUAAAUGCGUUGACCUAGUUGUUCAGGAACUGUCUGUAGUUGUUCGUAUGUGCACGGCUAAGAUGAGCCGAUAUCCCCGUUUGCGUGAAGAAACUGAAAGAAUAAUUACAACUCAUGUGCGCCAAAGGGAACAUAGUUGCAAAGAGCAAAUUCUUUUGCUUAUUGAUUUUGAGUUGGCUUACAUGAAUACAAAUCAUGAGGAUUUUAUUGGUUUUGCCAACGCUCAAAAUAAAUCAGAAAAUGCAAAUAAAACUGGAACUCGUCAGCUUGGCAACCAAGUUAUACGAAAGGGUCACAUGGUUAUUCAAAAUCUGGGAAUUAUGAAAGGUGGAUCUCGUCCCUAUUGGUUUGUUUUAACAUCGGAAAGUAUUUCUUGGUAUAAGGACGAGGAUGAAAAAGAAAAAAAAUUUAUGCUGCCCUUGGACGGUUUAAAACUGCGCGACAUUGAACAAGGUUUUAUGUCAAUGUCUAGGCGAGUAACAUUUGCUUUGUUUAGCCCCGAUGGACGUAAUGUUUACAAGGACUAUAAACAAUUGGAGCUUUCUUGCGAGACCGUCGAAGAUGUUGAAUCAUGGAAAGCCUCAUUCUUACGCGCAGGUGUUUACCCUGAAAAACAGGAAACCCAAGAAAAUGGAGACGAGGAAGGACCAGAGCAAAAAUCGACUAAUGAGGAAAGUUCAUCAGACCCACAAUUGGAACGUCAAGUUGAGACUAUACGCAAUCUCGUUGAUUCUUAUAUGAAAAUCGUUACAAAGACUACGCGUGACAUGGUUCCAAAAGCAAUAAUGAUGCUUAUCAUUAACAAUGCAAAGGAUUUCAUCAAUGGAGAACUUCUUGCUCAUCUAUAUGCAUCUGGAGAUCAGGCACAAAUGAUGGAAGAGUCAGCUGAGUCGGCAACACGAAGGGAGGAAAUGUUACGCAUGUAUCGUGCUUGUAAAGAUGCUUUACAAAUUAUAGGUGAUGUGUCUAUGGCAACUGUGUCUUCGCCUUUGCCUCCUCCAGUUAAAAAUGAUUGGCUACCGAGUGGCUUAGAUAAUUCACGACUGUCUCCGCCAAGUCCUGGGGCCCCACGCAAACCAGGACCCACACCGAGCAACAUAGGAGGACGAAACCCCCCGUUGCCUCCAUCUACAGGUCGCCCAGCUCCAGCGAUUCCGAAUCGUCCAGGAGGUGGAGCCCCACCUCUUCCUGGAAGUCGCCCAGUAGGUGCGUUGCCACCACCAAUAUUACCUUCACGUCGUUAAUUUUUGUGAGCCACCGAGAUGCGUCGAUAGCCGAUUCACCUUUAAAUAUGACUUGCUGUCAAUUUAAACAACAAAUCUCUCUUCGAUAAAGGCGACAAUGAUAUUAUUCCGGCAUAAUCAACAAAGAUAACCACGAUGUCAAAUCAAGAAGUUACAAAUUGUUUGUGUGUAAUUGUAGUAUACUAUUAUUCUGCCACGUUAAUGUUCAUUAAUAAACGAAAAUAACCCUGUGAAAAUUCACGUCAUUAAUUGUAACCCAUAAAAACCCAUACGAGUUAAUUAUAUGUAAAGAUAAUAUUGUCUAAAAGAAAAAUAUGCUCAAAAAGAAUAUAUCUACACAUAUAUAUAAUUAUACGUGACAAAUGCUUGUUGGUUUGUGGAUUCACUAAAACCUAAUUAAAUUAAAAAGAAAAUUAAAUUUUGUUUAUAAACUACUUUUUGAGUUGUUGUUGAAUAUUAUAUUAAGAUUAUUCUAUCAUAUAAAAUAUAAAUAUAAAUAUGCCAGCUUGAAAAUAUGUAAUUCACAGAACAUUCCAUUGUACUUAAACAGAAUUAUAGUUAUUGUAAGUAUAUAUUUUAUUUUAAAAUAUUGCUAUUUAUUUAUAUUGAGGAUUUUAUGAAUCUUUGAUGCAACAUUUUUGUUUUGAAAACAUUUUUAAAAGAGAUUUAAAAGCUGUGCGUAGGGGAAAACCUGAGGAAAAUAUUUCCAUACCCUUGCAUAGUGUAUUUUAGUCCUUGUAUAAAAUUGUGCGAUGCAGUGAAGGUAAAAUUUUCGAUCCUUGAAAGUAUUCUUGAUUAGGUUGACCUUCCAAGUGGCCGAUUUCCAGUAUAUUUCUAUUGAAACUAAUCAUUCAGUUUUAAUGCUUUCCGCAUCGUGGUUUCAAACACGAUUUUUUUUUGUUCUUGGCGAAUGGUAGUGUUUGUAUGUGGGAGUUAUUCAAUGAACAGCUUAGAUAGAAAUUCUUUAAAAUUGGUCAACUAAUAUUUAACACCAUUCAAUAUGUCUAUAAGUUUCACUUUUUUAAAUAGAAGAUAAGAUGUUUCUGCAAAACCUAUUAAAUACUGUCAUUAUUAUUGGCCACUUACAUCCUAUAGUUCUUCGGAAUUUCUAGCCAGUUUUGGAAAUGUAAUUUAAAAAUUCAAUUGCAAGGGUAUGUAGGCUUCGGUUCUACCCGAAGUGAGCUUUACUCUUUUAUUUAUAGUUGUCAAUCGGUGAAGCUAGUUAAAAAUUGUUACGUUUAAAUUAUGUAUAUUUAAAAUAAAUUUUCAAAAUUAUGAACAUUAAAAUGGGUUUACAACAAAUUCCGAAAACUGAACUUAACACAAUAUAAAUUUAAUUCGUUGUAAUAAUAAAGCUAUGAUUCAUAAACAUUAUGUUUUAUGGCUGAACAAAUGUCUUAUUUAAGUUUGGAAACAAAUAAAAGAGAUGCUUGAAUUCCGAUGCGCUCCGCAUGUCGGAAUUCGCCACCUAUUCUCCCAAAA